AUGCCUCGCGAUCCUCUGAUUGGACUGGUUGGAAAGCCCUCGAGUGGAAAGUCGACGACGUUGAAUAGCCUGACGGACGCGUCUUCAAAAGUUGGAAAUUUCCCAUUCACAACCAUCGACCCCCAACGAGCUAUUGGAUACCUACAAAUAGAGUGCGCCUGCAAACGUUACAAUGUGUCGGAUAAGUGUAAGCCUAAUUACGGUGGCUGCAUCGAUGGGCGGAGAUCAGUUCCAAUAGAGCUGCUUGACGUUGCAGGGCUGGUUCCAGGGGCACACGAGGGAAAAGGCCUCGGUAAUAAAUUCUUGGAUGACUUGCGACAUGCGGACGCUCUGAUUCAUGUUGUUGAUGUGAGUGGCACGACGGAUGCUGAAGGGAAGGAAACUAGAGGCUAUGAUCCCUCACAAGAUAUUGUCUGGCUCAGAUCGGAAAUUGUUCGAUGGGUAGAAGGGAAUUUGAUAGAGAAAUGGGGCUCGAUUAGACGACGUCACGUCGCUACAAAAGCAUCGCCGGUCGAGACACUGCAAACCCAGUUUUCUGGAUACGGAAGUACUUCACAAACCGUGGCACGGUGUCUGGACCGACUGAAUUUGAAAGAGCCUCUAGAGGAAUGGUCAAACGAAACGAUAGAGAAAGUUGUCAAUGCCUUUGUAGAUGAGAAAUUCCCAACUGUCUACGCAUUGAACAAAAUCGACCACCCUGAUGCCGACAAAAAUAUCAGCAAAAUCGCCCGAAUGCAAGACCCCAAUACUAUUAUCCUGUGCUCGGCAAUCUCAGAAGUCUUCCUACGAAGACUGGCAAAGCAAGGGUAUGUUAAAUAUAUAGAAGGAAGCGAGUUUGUAGACACGCGAGAAGAUUUAUUAGAAAUGGGCGAGCCUGAUGGCGGGGGGCUGAAGGAGAUGGACGAGAAAUUAAAAACACGUGUGGAAAAUUUGAAAGACAUGGUGCUUUACAGAUUCGGGUCAACAGGAGUCGUGCAAUGCUUGUCACGAGCAGCAGAAGUUCUUGGACUCGUUCCGGUAUUUCCAGUGCGGAAUAUCCAUACAUUUUCAUCAGGGACUGGCACAGGCUCCAAUGCUGUUUUUCGGGAUUGCGUUCUUGUUAAGAAAAAUAGCACAGUUGGCGAUGUAGCGCGGAAGGUCAUGGGCGAUGUCCCUAUUGCAUAUGUUGAAGGAGCUGGCGGGAUACGUGUAUCCGAAGACGAGAUUGUUGCCGUCGGGAAACAUGACGUUUUGUCUUUUAGAGUUGGCCGUUAG